ACAGACAAGAUCUCUUUUCUCAUCGAUUGCAUCCAGCUUUCACCUCCACUUGAGCUCACAAUUUCAAAAAGUUCCAAAGCUCAAAGCUCACAAAACCAACAGCCAAACUCUUUCCAAGCACCUUCACUUCAAAUCUCCAACAUGGUUGAUCGCAUUUCCAACUUCAAAACUCAAGAGAUCUGCUUCCUUGAUGAAACCAUCACUAUCCAAGGACGUGUCAAUCAGACCCGCCUUCCAAGCGACUAUGAACCUACCAACUGGUCCGUGAUCUGUGGAAGAGGCAAAGAUUGCUAUAAUCACUGUGGCAACAAGCGCCUUCGAAUCCUUGUGGAUGCCAACCUCGCCAAGUACUCUGCUGCCAAGUCCAAGUAUGACAAGACGUUGAUCGUUUCCAGUAUUGUCGAUGCAGUCCGUGAAGCUGCCCAGAUGGGAGGCUUUAUCAAGAUGGACACCAAGACAAAGAAAUGGAUUGAGGUUGGAGAUGAUGCUGCCCGAGAAAAGGUUGGACAGCUCCUCCGAGAAGCCAUGACCAAGAAAGAUCCUUCCAAGGUUCAGGAACGAAAGGCCCGUCGCAAGGCCAAGGCCCUCAAGAGCAAGAAGGUCAAGCUCUCUCGAAGUGUCAGCUCUGAAAGCGCAUACUCUUCCUCCAAUAGCUCCGUAUCCACUGCUGAAACAGCUGCCAUGUCUACCUCCGACUCCGAGUCUGUGUCUGCUGCAUCUAUGGUGCCUUCCUUUCCUAACAUCAUGGCGAACACCGCAAACCAACGCGUGGACCUGACACCACUUCCCAUGGGACCAUCUACAAGCAUUGGCAAGUACUUUGCAGACAUCCAUACCUUCAAGAUCAUGCAACUAUAAGUUGACUUUCUCCUUCCUGCUUUCCGACAUCCAAUACUCCAUAUAAUCUAUUCUACAUUCUAUAAACAAAAGGGUUC